AUGGAGGCGGCGGCGGCGGCGGGCGAAGGCAAGGCGGGCCAGGGCCGGAACGGCCACGCCGAGGGCCCGGCGGCGGAGGAGCGGCGGGGCGGCGGGGCCCGGCUGCGGGGAUGCCGCGGGUUCCUGCGGCGCAACGCGCUGGUGCUGCUGACGGUGUCGGGGGUGGUGGCCGGCGUGGCGCUGGGGGCCGCCGUGCGCGGCGCGGCGCUGGGCCCGGCGCAGGUCGCCUACCUGGCCUUCCCCGGGGAGCUGCUGCUGCGGAUGCUGCGCAUGGUGAUCCUGCCGCUCGUGGUCUGCAGCCUGGUGUCGGGCGCCGCCAGCCUGGACACCCGCUCGCUCGGCCGCCUGGGUGGCAUCGCGCUCGCCUAUUUCCUGGGCACCACGCUGCUCGCCUCCGGCCUCGCCGUCGCCCUCGGCUUCAUCAUCCGCCCCGGCGCCGGUGCGUCCGCGCUCAACACCCAGCUGGGGCUGCCGGGAGCGCUGCCCACCAGCAAGGAGACGGUGGACUCCUUCCUCGACCUCAUCAGAAACCUGUUUCCUGCAAAUCUUGUUGCUGCGGCUUUCCGAACGUAUGCGACGGACUAUAGGAUAGUGCUCAGGAACACUACCUCUGGAAAUGCCACAAAGGAAAAGAUCCCCAUUGGUACUGAGAUCGAGGGGAUGAACAUCCUGGGACUGGUGCUGUUUGCUCUGGUUUUAGGAGUGGCUCUGAAAAAGCUUGGCCAGGAGGGGGAAGAUCUGAUUCGCUUCUUUAACUCGUUCAAUGAGGCAACAAUGGUGUUGGUAACCUGGAUCAUGUGGUAUGUACCUAUUGGCAUUAUGUUCCUUGUUGGGAGCAAGAUCGUUGAAAUGGAAGAUAUUGUGCUUCUGGUGACCAGUCUGGGAAAAUACAUCUUUGCCUCCAUCCUGGGCCACGUCAUCCACGGAGGAAUCAUUCUGCCGCUUAUUUAUUUUGCAGCCACACGGCAAAAUCCCUAUCGUUUUCUCUUAGGACUUAUCACACCACUUGCCACUGCGUUUGCAACUUGCUCCAGCUCAGCCACGCUCCCGUCCAUGAUCAAGUGUAUUGAGGAGAACAACGGAGUCGACAAGAGGAUCAGCAGGUUUAUCCUUCCCAUUGGGGCCACUGUGAACAUGGAUGGAGCUGCUAUUUUCCAGUGCAUGGCAGCUGUGUUCAUUGCUCAGCUGAACAAUGUCGACCUCAACCCUGGGCAGAUCUUCACAAUUCUCGUGACGGCCACGGCGUCCAGCGUGGGAGCGGCCGGGGUCCCUGCCGGAGGCGUCCUCACCAUCGCCAUCAUCCUGGAGGCCAUCGGGCUGCCCACCAACGACCUGUCCCUCAUACUGGCCGUGGACUGGAUCGUGGACCGAACCACCACAGUUGUGAACGUGGAAGGGGAUGCCCUGGGAGCGGGCAUCCUGAAUUACCUGAAUGAAAAAGACAAGAAGGAGCGAGAGCAGGAGCUAAAGGAAGUCACCGUGGAGGCAGUGGCUAACAGCAAGUCUGAAGCGGAAACGUCACCUUUGGUAACCCACAAAAACCCGGUCUCCAACACAAGCAGUACGGCAGACCCUGAAUCCAAGGAAUCAGUGUUGUGAACUCGAGGCCGCUCGUCAAGACCAGUCCUAGAGGUGGCCCAGGGACUUGUCAACGCACCCAGACGUUUGCAGCGCGACCAGGGGCUGGAUGGCUCUUGGAAGCGCUCAGCUCCAGUCCGUUUUGAAAUACGCUGGCCUGGGGAAGGGGAGGGAGGUGGGGUGGGCAGAGAAGGGGUGUUGAGGAGGAGCACUCUCUUUAUUAUAGUGUUUUGAUAGUUUAUAUGUGUACAUGUGUACAUGUACGUGAGAACUGCCAUUGAGGCUUCUCGAGGUGUAACAAGACUUCCAUUAGUGAAGGCUCAGAUGAGUUAAAGAUAGGGGGGUAGACAAACCCAGUGCAUGCUUAUCGUAGGGAAAAGAUUUUGCUGCUGUUUGAAUGGAAAAGCAGUCUAGAAACUCCAGAGUGGGUGAAAAUGUUGCUUAAAUUUGUUUUCUACCCUGGAAACACUUACCGACCAUUACAGCCGUGAUAGGAAGCAACAUUUUUCUCCCACUCCCCUUCCUCUCAUGUUCUCCGAUCCAUUAAAAACAUUGAAUAUGUCCUUAAAACUAGCUGUUUACUAUUUUUAAUUUUUUUGUUGUUUCAUACCUAAAUUAGUAGCUUAUAGGCACUUGUUUCAUUCUCCCACUGCAUUGCAGCUCACAGCAGCUUUUCCUGCCUUUUGGUGAGUAACUCCCAAACUGUGGGGCCAAACAGAGGAGAUCUUCAUGCAGAUCAAGGAUGGGUUUCCUCCUUUCUUCUAACCAAGCUGUUAAGGAAAAAAAUUGAGAAGAAGAGCAAAUUUUGUUAAAGUAAUCCCUUUAUGGCUAGAAAAAACAUAGAGUCUGUUCCAGCAUUAGUAUGUCUGAAAGAGGCUUGCCUGUGACAACAUCCAUAAAUCCAUAAGUCAGUUCCCCCCAUGAAAACACACAUGAUCCUCUGCUAGCAAGCCAUGUCCUGCUCAUGUUUACUUAAUGGGUCAAUCCAAACAACUUCACUCGUGCUCUCUUCCAGCAAAAUUGAGUAGGGGAGGAAAAAUUCUGAACACACAUCAUGUGGAAACUGAUGACAGGCAAGUCUGAGUCUUGGCUUGAAAGGGGAAGAGAAGAGAGGAAUUUAUAACCCCAGUGAUCUCUGUGUGGGAGCUGGCUACCCAUUCCUGCUAGGAGUUUGGUCCUGCCAUAAAUGUUCUUUUGGCAGCAGUUUACUUUUAGUAAUUCUAGGUGAUGCUGGGUCAGGGUAAUGCUUUAAUGGCAGAUGGUAGCUUUUGCUUGGAGCUCAGCCAAAUGCUUCUGGAUUCUUACUCCUCCUUUUUGCCUUUACAGUGUCGUUCCUGAAUUUGCAACCCCAGCCUGAACAAAUCCUGGCAAACUUAUUACAAAGAUCCUGUUGAUUUAUCUUGGCUCUUUGGAUGCUAAUAGUUAAAAAUUAUGACUACACACGCCAAGAUUUGCCUGGACUUGUCCUGUUUUCCCUUGGCUACUUCAACAAGAGGUUGCCUGUGGUCCAUCUCCACACCGUUAAUUCAGCAAUAUAUAUUUACACUUAGCUUUGAUAUAAAGUAAUGCUAAAGUCUCCCUUUUUCUUUCUCCUCUCUUGCUUCAGAGGAAUCUAUCUUGGAAAGAUACCAGCACUAGGAAGAGGCAACUCCAGUUCCAUAGCAGCAGCUUCCUUCCUUUGCAAAGCAUCCUUCCUGGUGGAGGGACGCAAUGAAUUUUGCAGAAAGACGCUCAGAGUGAGAUAUGGCCACCCCUGAGGGAGGAGAGCGCAGUGAGUGCGUCAUGACUGGCUGCUUAAUCCUGUGCACUGGAGCCAUGCAGACAAUCCAAGUAGGAAAGGAUUAGUCAGCCCACUGGGAAACUGCAGGUGGAGUUCCUUCUUAACCAGUUUAUUUAUAAUCACGUCCACAGAAUUUGGUCAUUCCUUGGCUCGUCUUCAAAAUGGAAGGAGACAAACACAAUUCUGUAGGGGUGUCUUUUGCCCAGCAGAUCAACUUUGUAUUUCUUCCUGUUAGAAUCAUCCCGACUCCUUUCAACUCAGGAAACUAAAAGAACAUUUUUAAGCCUAAUUAUCUCUUUGAAAUAUCUGAGUGCACCAGAACCCCAGUUACUUUGAUUUUAAAAUAGUAUGUGGAUGUCUCAAGGAAGCUGAAAAUCCCGACUGUCCCCUGUAGGCUGGGUUCUGUAGUUGUAUUUUAUUCCUCAUCAGGCAUUUAGCUCCCAUGCUUUUGUGAGACCCCCCUGGAAUACUCUGUACAGUUCUGGUGUUCCCAAUAUCAGAAGGACAUGGAACUGUUGGAGCUCAGAUCUUCACUGAACACCCCUCCCAGUCCCCACUGGUGGAUUGCCAUGUUUUGCAUCGAUGUGGGUGUCUAGUCCCAUGUAAAGCUUGUUAGAGCAGCUGGAUUUAAGGAGGUCAAAUCAUUCUCAUAGCAGGAAUUUAAUCAUGGAAGUCUGACAUUCCUUCUCUUGGAAAAAGAUAUCAUAGGAUUCAUACGAACCAUGAGUAUUCAGCUCUUAAACUGAAGAGAGUCAGCUCUUGGUCGCUUUUUUCUUUUUUUUAAGAGGAAAUAAAUUCCAUGUAGAAAACACUGUUUUCUAUUUGAUUUUAGGUUGGUUUUUUGUUGUUUUGUUUUUCUGGAAAGUACAAGUUCUCUCCUCAGCUCAUGUCCUACCCUCUAGCACAGGAAUUGCUUUUUGAGAGAAAGGUAUGGAAAUUACAUGGUGUGUUUCUUGGGGUGUCCUGUGCAAGGCCAGGAGUUGGACUCGAUGGUCCUCAUGGGUCCCUUCCAACUCAGUGGAUUCUAUGAAAUAUUGAAGAAUUUGCAAACCUUUUUUUUCAGUGAAGUUUCUUUGACCAUUUUGCACCAUCUUUUAUUUCUUCGCUGGGAUUGAUUUUUCACUCCAUGCUUUAUUUAUCACUGCCUGGUCUCAUCCUGUUUCCUGGGAUACCUUAUGUUCUUUUUACAUUUCAGUGGCUCAGGAACAAGUAGGAGAGUGGACAGAGUUUUGAGGGCUCCAGUUUACAUUCUGCCUUGAGCCUAGGUAAUUUAGAGUUGCUCUGAGAGUGCAGAGCAGUAUCUGUCUCUCACACUGAGAAAGGUGCUUGUUCUGUGCUGUGAGAUGUGGCUGUAGAUGCCUGAAAAACCAUAGUGAGCAGUGGAAGGUGCCAGGAUUGACUGCUUUUGGGAUAUUUUCAGUAAAGAUCUUGCAUUCCUAAGAACUGAGCUUUAGCUGGAUCUUGGUGUUGGUAACUGCACUACAAGGCUCAGUAAUUACAGAGGACUUCAGACCCUUCUGGGGAUGUCUCUUGCAAUCAGGGUGGCUUUUGUGUUGAAAACUAGAGCCAUUCCCAGGGUGUCCCCUGCCAGGAUGUGUCAAACGGGACCGUGUCCUUCCGAUAGAACAGAGACGCGGAGCUGGCCAAAGUACCACAUCAGUGGUGAAACAAUCUCUGCUUUGUCUUUUCUGGGCAGCCCUGAGGAGGCAGUGGCCCUGAGCUGGAGGUGGUGAGAGACUGGGGGGAGUUUGGAAGGGGCGGGAAUGUUUCCUGGUGUUUCCUCUGUUCCCAUACUCUUCCCUGGGCAUUUGCUGUGGCCGGUGCCAGAUACGGUCAUGAGCCAGUGCCACCGUUCCUGUUCUCCUGUGGUUCCUCGUUAUUUUGCAGCAAGAACAAUGAAAUCUGGGGUGUUUGGGCAGUUCCUCUUUCAGUCAUCUCUGUGACUGAUCAGCCAGGCAUAUGUUGUAGGUUGUGUCCUCCCUCAAGAGCUUGCAAAAGGGACAAACCCACCACCUCUUCUGCAAAGAUUUGCAGCAUUGGUCAACAGUCUGGGAUAAAUCUUCACUCUGGUCCUCUGCUGACACAGUGCAUUUCUGCAGCCUCUGUAAAGCAUCAUCCUGUUGGAAAUGAUAAUUUUUAAUCCUGACCCUCCCACAGGCAGUCAGCAGCGGGCCUCAGGUACCAAGUCAAAAGACCAAAAUAUAAACUCUCACCAAAGAAUAAUUGUCACAUCUUGACUGGUUUUAACAGAGCCUUGGUAGUUAAUAAUCACAGAGCUCCCUGUAAUGACUGAUGUGGUGACAGGUGAACAGCACAGAAUUAGGCAGGUUGCGUAAUUCCUUUACCUGUGCUUCCUUUUCUGUAAAAUAGGUUUACAGAUAUUCAUGUGUUUCUCAAAGGCCAUAGUGUGGAAGACAGGGAGUUGCAAUGUUUGGAAAGCACUCUUAAGACACAGAGCAGUAAAUCUUGAAGACUAAUGAACUUCUCAAAAAUCCGAAAGGAAUCGAAUAAUUAAAGUUGCACUGUGCUAGAGGGGGAAUGACUGAUGGAAGGAUCAGGUGGAUGCAUUUGCUGGGCUAAUUCGAGGGGAGCAGGUGUCAGUGUGAGCUGCAGUUCGGAAAAGGGAUGUGACUUGGUCAAGGGCAACACAGUGCCCUGUUCCAUCCGCCUCCUUCCAUCUCCACCUGACACGCCAUGAAAGCUUAGGCUCAGGUAAAUGAACAGACAUCACCAUGGAUUCGACAUCUAAAGUGGGAGUCUUGACAGCUUAGUUCCUGACUAGUUUCAGUGGGAGAAGGAGCUUUUCAGCUCGGAGAACAAGUUGUCUUGUUGUCAGUAUGGGUGACAAAGCUGGAGAAAAAGCGAGGAGAGCUGGAAGGCUGCAGGGGCAGCGUCACAGGAGACAGGGUAAGCAAGAGGAUAGAGAAGCAUCUUUUCCUCAGCAUUUUGCUAUGGAUAGGGUCAAAGAGGCUGCAGGCACUUGUCUGGCAUGUAGCAGAGACAACACAAAUCCCUGCCUGCUGCUUGGGCGGGAUUUGCAGGCAGAGGCAGGAGUGCUGAGGUUUCUGACAUGCACCAAGGCAGCAGCAUGCGGAGGCCAGCCUGGAGCUCUGAUAAGCUGCUGCUGGCUGCUGGCCAUGACCAGGGGAACAGCGGCACAGUUCUGGAUCAGGGAUUGACCCACAUUCCUCCUUGCAGGAUAGCUGGGACAAAUGCUCCUCAGAUAAAUGCAUGGAGACCAUUAUUCUCCCAGGACAAAGACUGACUUGUUAUCUAUGGGAGCAUAUUGAUGAAAGCCAUGCUCACUUGCUGCUUCAGUUUCUGGCAGGAGGGAGAAGGUUUUGACAAAUGAUCUAAAACGUUUUCCAGACUUUGGGCAGCACAUUGAGACAGUUGCCCCCUGAAUAUUUUAACUCUGACAAUAAGUGAUCAAGAGCCUCAUUUGGCUCCCGUAGGUCUUCACGUCUGAGCGCUGUCUUGGGAAGUUAAUGUUAACACGGGAUUCAUCCUCUGCGUGGGGUCUUUGCAGACAUUUGUGACCAGCAGGCAUAAUUUCACAGCUCUACGAGUGAAUGAAUACAGAAAAAGGUGAAAGAACUCUUGUGAGUCACAUGAAGAGCAGCCAAGCCAGCUAGGAGCAGACUCUGAAUCCUGAAGCCAGGUUUAUUGAUAGCUAACAACUAUCAUCUCCUUAAAAAAAUUUCACAUCCGAGGGUUUAUAAAUACAUUUGAUUCCGUACAGAGAUUUUAAUAGAAGAGGAAAACAAAUAAUCUCUUUCCUUCAAGAGUUCACAGUGUGUUUACUUAUCAAAUUAUCUCUCAGCGUCAGCAGAGUCAUCAUCCUUAACACUUACGAAAUCUCAUUUGAAUUUUAACCUCAGAUCUUGGUGCCAGCAGGAGAUGAGGACUGUGGGCAUUUCAGCAGGCCAACAGCUCUUAUGUAAAAUUCUGCUCAAGGAGCAUUUAUACUUGUCUCCCAAGGCCACAGAUGUUGCUUGCAAGGCAGGCAGGGCUACCAAGAGGAACCAGCAUGAGGGAAUGGAUUUUGAGCCAACUCUGUUGUAAUGCAGAGUUAACGGUGUGGUUUUGAGCCACAGAGACCAAGAGAUUUGGUAUUAGAUGUUCCUUAGGAUGGCUUUCACUUGCUCUUCUGGUGAAACAACGCUGAGAAAGUAAUGCUCUUCCCUGCCAAGCAUGUAUUUAGCAAUUGAAACUAAACUGCAUAUGGCAUGUGUGUGCAACUGAAUUGCAGCUGCAUGUUGCAGAAGGAAAUUGCUAAGGGAACUCUACUCUCAAGGAAAUGUUUACACAUGUCUGAAUCCCCCAGAUUACAUUCCCACAGAAGGAGUUGUGCUUAACCAUAAAAAAUGCUCCAGAUAGUAACUGGUCUGGACUGUAGGUCUUUUAAGAACCAGAAGGAAUGCUGCAAAAAGGACGGGCCAGGGCCUUCACUGAUGUGCAUUGAUGUAAUUUCCUGAGCUUUCUGUGGUUUCUGGAUUUCUGAGGGAGAUGCCUCUCUAGCAGCACAGAGGAAUGGUCUGGGCCUUUUAAGAUGAUCAUGAUCAGUAAAGCAAUGUUUUUAAAACUUCGUGGCUGUAACUAAAGGCAUUUUACAUGCUCAGAGUAUGCUUAUGAUGUGGUGCCUUUAAUAGAAAAGGUUUCCUAGUGGUCAGUGUUGAUGCAGAAGGAAACUUCCUCAUGUUUUGUUCAGUUUGCCUUCUCUGUAUCCCUCCUGCAGAGCCUGUUGUGCUCCUUGGAGUCUGCCCAGAUCCCAGCAGGACCAGGCUCCUAUAGUCCAUAGAUCAAACUUAAAGAUAUUCUGGCCCCAUGUGAGGACAUGGAUUGUUUCCUGUCCUCUUAGGAGGGAACAAAGAUGUGGUUUCAGCUUUGGAGAGCGUCGGGACUGAACAAACCCUGCUUUGUUAAGGCAAUACCUUAAUGACAUUUUACACUUAAUUAGUCAAAUAAUUGUGACCAAGGUGGCCCAGCCAUCGCUGCCUCCCUGCUCUGCUCCACAACAGAUGCUCUGUUGACUUGUCUUCCCUGAAGGCCACUGUGGAGGUGAAGUGUUUGCCAUCCAUGAGAAUUCCUUUAUUUUGAGAACACGAUCUUAUUUAGACUUCUUCAGUUGCUGCAGUCUUGUAAGGUCGUGUUCUGUGGGAUUGGAGACCAUGUGUAGCUCCGCAAAUAGCUGAGCAAACCUCUGCUCCUGAACUGCUUCUUGGUCACAGCAACCUGAGACUGACUCACUCACACUUUGUGAGGGUGAAGACUUUGAUUAGAUUUUGAUGAAUUGCCCAGAUUCAGGGAUAGCAGGACCACCCCUGCACGUGAGGAGUCCCCUUCUGCCUUACUAUCCUUAAAGGUGCCUUGUCCUGGUUCCUGCCAGGACAAAUUCCAAGCUGCUGUUUGGCUUUCAGAUAUAACUAUGCACCAAAGCUGAAAGACUCCAUUAUCCCUGGAGACAGGAGGGAGAAUGUGAUUUCCUGGUGUGAGACAAAGAAAAUGGUUUUCUUUUCUUUAUCCUGUGAGCUCUCUGUCAGUAAUCCUGAGGUGUGUAUGCGUGUGUGUGCUUUUAUUUCUGCCUGAACACAAAUUGCUCUAAUUAGCAGGGAGGAUUAUUGUAUUUUUAUAUGCUAAACCAUUUUAUUAAUUACCUUAAUAAAAAGAAAGAUGAACUCUGAACCUCGCUGCCAUCCACUCCAGUACAAUCCAGUAUCGCCGAUGCGAACGUAUCCGCCUCCAGGUUAAAACCUUGUGCUUAGAGUAACCAGCCACUCCAGUGAGGAAGUGUUUGUGCCACGUGGGUGUGCUGAUCCUUGUGCACAGCAGUAGCUGUUCCUCUUUUAGAGCUGUGGGUUUCACCCCUGUGACUCUGCAUCAGCCUUUCCCUCGUCUCCUGAGAACAGAUGUGUGUGCACAUAUGCAAAAAAAAAAGACCAUACAGCUGUGUCUGGGGGUGUGUGACCCUGGGGCAGAUGUUACAGGUGUUACAGAUGUUUGUUGUGUGCUGUACCCUUCGGAGUAAGAGCUCCCUGCCUACCUGGGGAGCAGCCAGUCCUGUGACUCAGGCUGGGAUGGUUUGUUGCGUUAGGAGGGUGACACAAAUGGAUGCUCUCAUUUUCCCUUCUCUCCUGGAGUGUGUAUUUGUUCUCUCUUUGUGUAGCUUCUCAAUCUAAAAUAAAACCCACCCCAAACAGAA